CUAGAAUACAUAGGCUACUGUUGAGUUUAGAAGAUAGGCUUCUAUUUUUCUAGUACAUAUUUAGAAGAGCCUUCAGCCGAGAUGGUGAAUCGAGUGAUCCUCCUUUUGGUGUUAUACUUGGCCGCAGUGCGUGCGACCGCCACUCCUCUGUGCGUGGCAUCGGUGGACGAGGACGCGAGAGCGGCGCGUUUCUGUCAGGCGCUGAACACGUUCCUGGAGCUGUACGCCGAAGCCGCUGGGGAGCAGGUGCCGGAGUACCAAGCUCUCGUCCGCGACUACCCUCAACUCCUGGACACCGGCAUGAAGAGGCAGGACGUGGUCCACUCCAUCAUGAGAAUCGGUCGCCGCCGCUGAUGAUGAUGAACCUGAAACGGCCUCACUUUGACAUAUCAAUGAUUGCUUAACUUUAAUUUAAUGAGGUACAUAACAGAUGUGCGGAGUUUAAGUCAAAAUGUUGAUUAAAUUGAUGCUGAGUAGUCAUUAUCUGAGUGCGGUCUUUAGUUCCACUAGUAUUUAAAAUGUACCUAAAUAUACAAAUGUGAUAAAGUAUUAAAAGUUUAUUAUUAACAAGACUAUUUUUUUA